CUAAUGAUUGUUGAAUGUGUUAUCACGUCACACACACCACUGUUUUUUAUACAAAUUAAAAUCAAAGAAAUAUUAUUACUGUUUUACGUGCUUGUGGGCGCUCAACACGUUAUUGUAUAUAAGGAGCGAAAGUAAGUGCAAGCUAACAGGAAGCAAAUCGAUAAAUCAAUAAAUUGUCUGCAAUUUUCGGCAGCUACAAUAGCAACAAGCGCGCAAUAACGAACAGAUAGCUGUAUGUGUACAUCACAGCACAGGAAAACGCAAUUAAAUGGGGUUCAUAAAAGCGUCCUUUCUAUAAUUACGCAUAAGGAUAUUUUUAUAAAUAAAUUUUUUCGAAGUGUUGAAUUGAUAUGUAUUUUAAGCUAUUUAAAUAUUAUAUACAAAAUAGCAGUUAUAUUUUUGAACCUCAUAUUUAAUGCAAACAUAAGCGGCUAAACCGGAAGCGCUACCAAUUAGUAUAAGCAUACCUCUUUUUUAUUUUACUACUGCACUGCCCUUUGAUACAAUUAUUAUUAUUUUUUUUAAUAUAUAUCAUUUUUAAAUAUAUAUAUUGAUUUUUAAAUAAAAAUAGCAUUUUUAAACUAAAUUUUUUUCGUGUUUAUUAAUUGUUUUCUAAUAUUAUAUCCGCUUAUUACACGACGUAGUGUGGCAGCACUGUCGCAUUUCCGUCAUUGACAUUUCAUUUUCGUCUGUUUGUUGUUUUCGACUUUGCUCGUAUUCAUUCACUACUUGCUAUUAAUAUUUUAUUUACGUUAUAAAUACUUCAUAAAAACAAAUAAAUGUGUAAAAAUGGAAACAAAAUCAGAUUUCGAUUUCAAACUAGUUGAUUUGGUGCGCGCAAAUGCACUGCUUUAUGUAAAUGAAGUGCGGAUAUCGCCCUACAAUCUAAUGAAGAAAAGAAAUGAAAUCUGGCGUAGCAUCGCAUCUUCUUUGGGUGUUGAAACUAAAUACUGUGUAAUACGUUGGAAGAAUCUGCGCGAUAAGUAUCGUCGUGAGUCGCAAAAGGCACAGGAGCUUGGGCGAAAAGCUGGCGGUAUAAAAAGCGCACAGGGCUCCACAUGGAACUUAUUAGACAAAAUGAGUUUCCUUGACCACCACAUAAGAGUGCACAGUUCAACUAGCACAAAAAGCGCUGCAGAGAAUAUACGUUCGAGUUGGAGUGAAAUGGAAGCUGAACAACUUAUUGAGCAAUUACCAAAUGAAGAUGAUCCAUUACAAGAGGCAAUGGAUGAACAAACUGUUGCUUUAGAAACAAAGAAACCAGAACCUAUAGUGAGUACAACAACAACUACAGCAUCAUGCUUAAAACGCAUCGAAACGUUGCUAGAGGGCUUGGAUGAGGAAAAUCGUACAAAAGCUGAAAAACGUAUUGUAGCGUAUCUCUGUAAGUGUCAGCUUAAAUUUUUGGAAAAUGAGAGUAUCGACGAUAUAUUAAUUUAAUGUAGUUAUUAUACAAGUAAGCAAAUUUCAAGCUGAAAUCCUUUUUUCUACGCGUAUUCAUAACUUUCUAUUUAUUAAUUUUCAAUAUAAGUGUAAUGGCAGUAGUAAUUAAACAUUAAUUAAAAGUAUUUUUUAGAUGAUAAAAUUGCAAGUUUAUAAUUGUGGAACAAAAAACAAGGAAUUUGAAAAAUAAAACUAAUUUCCUUAAAAUAAUUAUUCAGAGUUUAAUUGUAUGAAAAUGCGCUAAAAGCAAUAAGACAGUAAAUAUCCCUACCUCGCCAUUAUUUGGAUUAAUUUAUUAGAUUUUACUCUUUUAGAGCGUGUACAAACAUAUUUUUUUGUCAUCAAAUAAUGAAACGCACCUAUCCAUAUGUAACUUCUCCCUUGCUGAAUGUAUUCGUACAAACCGCUAUUGAUUUCUACAGAUAUGAAUCACUUGGAUGCUUGGUUUCCACCCUUCAAUUGAAAUAAUGUUUUUGUUGGAGUGGGCAAAUUUAAUUGCAGAUAUCGACUCGACGGAAAUAAUAGCAGAUAUAUGUACAUACGUAUGUAGGUAUGAAUAACACAAGCAUACUUUUAUAUGAGUGUAUGUAUGUAGCUAAGUAAACAAGGUGGUGAUUUUCUAAUAAGGGUCAUAAUAUCUUUCAGAUUUAUUUUCGUUUUAGGCAAAUGCGACGUAUCUCCACCAUAUGCAAUGUUUGUGUGGAUGGUUAUGAGAUGCGCCUAGUGUGAGCGUUUGGUUGUCGACCUCGCUGUUUUGACUUGAAGCGCGCAAUUCAAGUACUUCAAAUAUUAAGCACUUCAUUUGUACAAAAGUACAUACAUACAUAUGUGUAUGAUAUAAAUAUAUAUAUCUGCAUAUGUAUUUAUAACCGUUUAGGUUUUUAAUUAGUCUUGUUGGUGUGUUCCUGUGUUUUGCUGUUGUUAUUCAUACAUUAAUGUGACCGUCGCCUUUAUUGAUUGAUUUACUCUGCUAAAAAAUCAAUAACUGAAAAUUUUCAAAGACCUUCGCCUUAAAAAAUUAUAUUUAUAUAUUAUAAAAAUUAUGUUAGUCUUUAUAGCCUUAUUGUUACUAUAAUUUUGUUUAUUUUUCUACAAGUGGUAUUCAUAUGCUAACAAAGGCGCCAAGCUAAUAUAGCAUUUAAAACAAUUAACACUUUUCAAAAUAUUAAUUUUUUAUAUUUUUAUGAAUGAUUACACUUUUUAAAUUACUUUUCAAAAUUUGCUAGUUUAUUUAGUUUAUUUCCUAUUUCACUGCAUAUUUAUAUUUUGCGCAAAAUCCGCACUUUCUGUUUUUCAUAUAAUUUUUCCAACCAAGAAAUGCUUUUAUUAUUUGUUGUCGCCACGGUUGUUCACUUCGUACUGUAAUCCAUGUAAAAAUGCCUGAAAAUCCUUGCCCCUUUUUACCAAUCCUUUUGUCUGUAUAUGCGCACUACGGCGCGCUCCCUUCAUAUGAACGCCUGUAAGUGGUUAUAUGCAAAGAGAGUUGAAGAGAGUCAAUUACACCACCAAACAGACUCGUGCGCCACCGCAAUUGCAGCUUCAACUUGAUUGUUGGCCAUUUAGGCAAUGUAAACAAACUGAUUUGACUACGUGCGGUCGUAUUUGAGCGGCGAGACGUAUUAGAGGCAAUGUGAAACAAUGCUAUGUAUCGAUUUGUUUUUGUUGUUAUACAAAUCGUCUGUUGCUUUUAACAGUUUUAUUUUUGUAAUGUAGCUAUUUUUGAACACAAAUAUAUUACGAUUAAGUAUGCAAGGGUGAUUACAAGCCAAAAAAACAAGAAAAAACGAUAACUUCAGUUGCACCGAUAAAACCCUACACAAAUAAAAGUGCUUAUACCA